AUGACAUCUAAAAUGAACAAAAAUCACGAUGAUAGUGCAACAUUAUCUUUUUCAUCUGCACAUAGUCCUUAUAAUUUACGUCGUAAUCAAUCACAGUCAGGUGGUGUUACAAAAGAAAUAGUUCAUUACGAUCAAAGAAAAAUAUUCAUAAUGUUAAUGCUCGAACAUCAAAUUCUAGCACAAGCGCAACAACGUCAAGUAUUGCAUCCAAUCAACUCCAAUCAUCAUCAAGUGAUGACAAAGAAGUUAUUGAUAACAAUAAUGCAAAUGAUAUUGAAUUGUCUGAUGAUGAACCAGAAGCUAUAA